GAAAAGAAUGGAAUGAUGGAUAACGAGUUAAUAGGAAACACAAAAUACCCAUAGCAAGGGUUUGAGACUCUGUGUGUGAGGGGGUCAGACAUAUAUAUGAGUGAACUGGGCCUGCAUAUGCGGCUUGAGUGAGUGGAGAUUGUGUUGGACUUGAGAGCUCACACCCCGUUUGAAGCAAACAGCUGCUACUCAGUUCCAUCUUAUUAUUUCCAUGCGGAAAUGUGGGCCUGGUGUUUACAGAUCUGCCCCCACCCCCCAAGAGAAGCCAGAAAUCAAGAUUUUAAUGUGAAAUCUCCAAAUUUUUAAAAGUUGACUUUUUAAAACACCAUGUGGACCCAACAAUGUAUCUGAGAGUCAUAUUGGACUCUCAGUUUGCCAGUUUGUUACCUGUACUGUACAAACAUGGCAAGACCACCAAGACCCCAAACAGGAAAUGAGCCAGGGACAUAAACAUACCAAUUCUCCCAAGAAAUACAAUUAGAAAGGAACAUGAAGAGAAUUUCAGACUCACUGAUAAUUAAGGAAAUUAAAUUAAAAUAAUAAAAUACUAUUUCAUACCUCUCAAACUAGAAAAUAACAAAAUCCAGUAUUGUCUGGGUUGUGAAGUAGCCGGUAAAAUUACUUAUUGUAAAUUUAUGAUCUCUUUAGAGGACAGUGUAACAGGAGCCGUUAAAAUAAACCUGUCCUUUGACCGAGAAACUACUCUUGGGAAUUUAUGCUCAAAAAAGAAUUCAAAAGAUAAAAAAGUAAUAAGUUCUCAAAUUUUUAUAGCCAUGUUAUUUUAAAUGGUGAAAAGCUUGUUGUAGAAAUUUGAUCAAAAUAAGGUACAUAUAUUUAAUUAAGAAUAAUAAAUCAGACUUGGCUAACCUGGAUUGCGGUCGAGAUGUCCUACAUCCUGGGCCAGCCGGUCACCGCCGUCGUGCAAAGAGUUGAAAUUCAUAAGCUGUGUCAGGGUGAGAACUUAAUCCUGGGCUUCAGCAUUGGAGGUGGAAUUGACCAGGAUCCCUCCCAGAAUCCCUUCUCGGAAGAUAAGACAGACAAGGGCAUUUAUGUCACACGGGUGUCUGAGGGAGGCCCUGCUGAAAUUGCUGGGCUGCAGAUUGGAGACAAGAUCAUGCAGGUGAAUGGCUGGGACAUGACCAUGGUCACGCACGACCAGGCCAGGAAGCGGCUCACCAAGCGCUCGGAGGAGGUGGUAUGUCUGCUGGUGACGCGGCAGUCACUGCAGAAGGCUGUGCAGCAGUCGAUGUUGUCCUAGCAGCCUGCCACGGUCCCCAGCGAGUGCCUGCUGCCUGUUUGUACAGUGACACUACUUCUACUCUCUGCCCCUCCUCCUGGUGUUUGCCGAGGGCCAGGCCCCACCUCAGAAGGGCAGGAACUGGUCCCAGAGGCAUGUCCUUGAGGCCUGACCCACCCUCUCCUUCCCCUCUCCCACCACUGCCUGUGGCUCUGGGAGCAGCUCCCUCCCUUGGACACUGGGGAUUGGAAACAACGGCCUGCA